AGCAGCAGGAGUGACUCGCUGCAUCAUGGGCGACAUGGAGCGGUUUGUCGAGAUGACUGGCGCCUCCGAGGACGUGGCAAAGUUCUACAUUGAAAGUGCCAAGGGGGACGUCGAGAAGGCACUGGACGCAUACUUCGAGUCGGGAGGAGCAGCUGACGUCGUUCCCCACCAGCCAGAGCCAGAGACGGGAGCUGACGAUGGGGAGGACGAUGUUGACCAUGACGUUCCUGCUGGGGCUGAAGCCGGGCCGGCAUCGCUGGAUGAUCUCACCAAGAGCAUGUUCGAGAAAGCUGAGAAGUCCGAGACGCAGGCCCCCGACGGCGAGCCCAGCACCAAGAAGCGAUCGUUCGUCGGGAAGGGCUUCAUGCUCGGAAAGGAGGCCGAGGCUCCCAGCAAAGAGGUCGCUCAGGAUACUCCGGUGGAGCCAAAGAACCACAAGGUGACGGUCUGGAAGGGAAAUGCAUUCCAGCUCAACGACGGGCCUGUCCGCUAUCCUGACCAAGGGUCCAACCAAGAGGUCAACCGGAGGUUCAUGCAAGACCUCGCUCGCAACAUCGUUCCUGAGGAGCUGCGGGAACGGGCCAGCAAUGGCACACCCAUUCCCGUGACGAUCGCCCUGUCCGACCACAGGGAGGAAGAUCCGAGCAACGCCAAGGUGGUGAAGCCGAAGUUCGAAGCGUUCAGGGGAGGAGGAAACGUCCUCGGAAAGGACUGGACGGACGAUGCAUACAAAGCUGUCAAGACUGCGUCUGUGACCAGCCAACCAGCAGCUCGGAGUAGCCUGGAGGCUCCCCAGGUGGAUCAGGGCAAACCGACAACCACCAUCCAGGUUCGUUUGCCCGACGGACAACGCGCAAGUGCUGUUCUAAACCUCCAAGUUGGACUUUUCUUUCGUACCCAACACCAUGUCAAGAUGACUUGCAGAUGA